UCCCUUCACUUGCACCCCAGGCACAAGACAUGGACACUCACAUAUCCCACUGACAUUACCAACGGGGGAUUUUCUCAGUUUAUAUCUGUGACACCUCUGGCAUCAGAUCUGCGUGGAAAUCACUGAAUUUGUGACAGAAAAUGUCGGUUAAGCUGAGUAGCUUCAAAAAGAUUGGGGAAGAGAAUAAAUCCUUUGAAUCAGAGGACUCAGAUAACUAUAAGGAGACAGUAGAUCUGAAUCAAAAUGGAAAUGCUUCCUCAAAGAAAGAUGAGUCCAAAAAAAAGCCAGAGGACAGCAUCAGAGUUGGCUUCUUUCAGCUGUUUAGAUUUGCCACUUGCUCUGAGACCACCAUGAUGUUGUUCGGAAGUCUGGCUGCCAUUAUUCAUGGAGCUGCACAGCCUUGCAUGUUGCUGGUCUUUGGCCUCAUGAUUGACACCUUUAUAGAAUAUGAUAUUGAGAUGCAGGAGCUGCGGGACCCUAACAAGACCUGCACAAACAACACUAUUACAUGGACCAAUGGCUCUUUAGUGCCAGAUAAGGACAACAAGACCUUUAGCUGUGGUAUGCUGGAUAUAGAAUUAGAAAUGACAAAUUUUGCCAGUUACUAUGCGGGGAUAGGAUGUUCAGUCCUGAUUCUUGGCUACAUGCAAAUUUGUUUUUGGGUAACAGCUGCUGCCCGCCAGAUUCAAAGGAUAAGGAAACUUUACUUCCGGAAAGUAAUGAGGAUGGAGAUUGGCUGGUUUGACUGCACCUCAGUGGGGGAGUUAAAUACCAGAAUGUCAGAUGAUAUCAACAAAAUUAAUGACGCCAUUGCUGAUCAAGUGGGGAUAUUCAUCCAGAGAUUCACUACUUUUCUAAGCGGUUUCCUGUUAGGAUUUGUCAAUGGCUGGAAACUGACCUUGAUCAUCAUUGCAGUGAGUCCUCUCAUUGGAGUUGGAGCAGCGCUGAUGGCUCUGGCUGUUGCAAAACUGACUGGUCGAGAACUUCUAGCUUACGCCAAGGCUGGAGCAGUGGCUGAUGAGGUGCUCUCCGGUAUCAGAACUGUGGCAGCUUUUGGUGGGGAGACAAAAGAAGUAGACAGGUAUGACAGAAACCUUGUUUAUGCCCAGCGCUGGGGAAUAAGGAAAGGAAUCAUAAUGGGAUUCUUCACUGGAUACAUGUGGUUUAUCAUCUUCCUGUGUUAUGCCCUGGCAUUUUGGUACGGGUCAAAGUUAGUUCUGGAAGAAGAGGAAUAUUCUCCUGGGAACCUUUUACAGGUCUUUUUAGGUGUAUUAGUCGGAGCUUUGAACCUUGGCCAGGCAUCUCCAUGCCUUCAGGCAUUUGCAUCUGGACGUGGAGCUGCAACAAAUAUAUUUGAGACCAUUGAUAAUGAGCCAAAAAUUGACUGCAUGUCAGAAGAAGGUUAUAAGCUGGAUAAAGUAAAGGGAGAAAUUGAAUUCCAUAAUAUUUCUUUCCACUACCCAUCAAGACCUGAAGUAAAGAUUUUGGACAAGAUAAACAUGGUUAUUAAAUCUGGAGAGACAACGGCUUUUGUUGGACCAAGUGGAGCUGGAAAAAGUACCACAGUUCAACUCAUUCAGCGCUUCUAUGAUCCGGAUGUUGGCAUGGUGACGUUAGAUGGGCAUGAUAUUCGCUCUCUCAACAUUCAGUGGCUGCGCUCUUUGAUUGGAAUUGUGGAGCAGGAGCCGGUCCUGUUUGCAACCACAAUUGCGGAAAACAUUCGUUAUGGAAAGGAGAAUGCGACAAUGGAGGAGAUCAUCACAGCUGCAAAGGAGGCAAAUGCUUACAAUUUCAUCAUGGACCUACCACAGAAAUUUGACACGCUAGUUGGAGAAGGUGGAGGCCAAAUGAGUGGAGGACAGAAACAAAGGAUUGCCAUUGCCAGAGCUUUGGUCAGGAAUCCCAGAAUUCUCCUUCUAGAUAUGGCCACAUCUGCUCUGGAUAAUGAGAGUGAAGCCAUCGUCCAAGAGGCACUUGACAAGGUCCGAUUUGGUAGAACAACAAUAUCUAUUGCCCAUCGUCUGUCAACAAUCAAGAAUGCAGAUGUGAUAGUUGGAUUUGAACAUGGGAGAGCUGUAGAAAAAGGAACCCAUGAUGAGCUGUUAGAGCGAAAGGGAGUGUAUUUUACGUUGGUGACUCUGCAAAGCCAAGGAGAUAAAGCAUUGCAUAACAUGGAAAAGAAAGAUAAAUCUAAUAAAGAAUUUGAGGAACCAAAACUGGAGACGUUGCAGCCCUUGAAGAGAGGAAGCUAUCAGGCCAGCCUGCGGGCUUCUAUUCGGCAGCGUUCAAGGUCUCAGCUAUCUAAUCUAGUGCCAGAUACACCAUUACUGGUGGUUGGCGCUGAUGCAUCUGACCCCAUACAACAUUCAACUCAUUAUGAUGAUGAAAGCGACAAUAACAUGAUCAAAACAGAAGAAAUUGUGGAAGAUAUUGAGCCAGCACCAGUUGCACGGAUUUUAAAAUACAAUGCACCAGAAUGGCCGUAUAUGUUAUUUGGAUCAAUAGGCGCUGCAAUAAAUGGUGCCGUCAGUCCUUUGUAUGCUUUACUCUUUAGCCAGAUUCUUGGGAUAUUCUCUCUACCAGACGAGGAAGAACAGAGAGACCAGAUUAAUGGCAUCUGUGUGCUUUUUGUUUUGAUUGGUGUUGUAUCAUUCUUAACCCAGUUUUUGCAGGGUUAUACAUUUGCCAAGUCUGGGGAGCUGCUUACAAGGAGGCUGCGGAAGUUGGGCUUUAGAUCAAUGUUGGGUCAAGAAGUUGGAUGGUUUGAUGAUCCUAGAAACAGCCCCGGUGCCCUAACCACAAGACUUGCAACAGAUGCCUCACAAGUCCAGGGGGCAACUGGAUCCCAGAUUGGAAUGAUUGUGAACGCGAUCUCUAACAUCGGUGUUGCCCUUAUUAUUGCUUUCUACUUUAGCUGGAAGCUGACCCUGGUGAUCAUGUGCUUCCUGCCAUUCUUGGCCGUGUCUGGGGCUCUGCAAGCCAAGAUGCUCACCGGGUUUGCGAAUCAAGACAAGCAUGCUAUGGAAUCUGCUGGAAGGAUAUCAAGUGAAGCUCUAGGAAAUAUCAGAACAAUUGCAGGAAUAGCCAAGGAGAAGACCUUUGUGGAUAUGUAUGAGGAACAGCUGGAGGCUCCGUACAGAUCUGCAAUCAAGAAAGCCAACGUCUAUGGAUUAUGUUUCGGCUUUGCGCAGUGUAUUGUUUUCAUUGCUAACACUGUGUCAUACAGAUAUGGUGGAUAUUUGGUAGAUAAGGAAGGUCUUCACUACAGUUUUGUGUUCAGGGUGAUAUCCUCCAUUGUGACCAGUGGAACUGCUUUAGGAAGAGCUUCAUCCUAUACUCCAGAUUAUGCCAAAGCUAAAAUCUCGGCAGCCCGCUUCUUUAAACUGGUGGAUCGCAUUCCAAAAAUCAGUGUAUACACUGACCAUGGAGAAAGAUGGCCUGAUUUUAAAGGAAGCAUUGACUUUCAAGACUGCAAAUUCACCUACCCGACACGCCCAGAUAUCCAAGUUCUAAAUGGCCUAGAUGUUUCGGUAAAGCCGGGACAGACCCUUGCCUUUGUGGGCAGCAGUGGAUGUGGGAAAAGUACCAGCGUACAGCUUCUAGAGAGGUUUUAUGAUCCAGACAAGGGCAAAGUGCUCAUAGAUGGGCACAACAGCAAGAACGUCAAUGUUGCUUUCCUCCGCUCUAAAAUUGGCAUUGUAUCUCAGGAACCUGUGCUGUUUGACUGCAGCAUAAUUGAAAAUAUCAGAUAUGGAGAUAAUAAUCAAGAACUUUCUAAGGACAAGAUCAUUGAAGCUUCCAAGAAAGCCCAACUGCAUGACUUUGUCAUGGGGCUUCCAGAUAAAUAUGACACCAAUGUCGGGGCCCACGGGUCUCAGCUUUCUCGUGGACAGAAGCAGCGAAUCGCGAUUGCCCGAGCAAUUGUCAGAGACCCUAAAAUUCUGCUUCUUGAUGAAGCCACCUCAGCUCUAGAUACAGAAAGUGAAAAGACGGUCCAAGCCGCCCUUGACAGAGCCAGAGAAGGACGCACUUGCAUCGUCAUCGCCCAUCGCUUAUCAACAAUUCAGAAUUCAGACAUCAUCGCGGUCAUGUCUCGAGGAAUUGUCAUAGAGAAGGGAAACCAUGAAGAACUAAUGGAGAAGAAGGGAGCCUAUUACAAACUUGUUACAACCGGAGCGCCAAUCAGUUAACGGUCCAAUAGAGGCAGGAAAAGCUUUGCUGGAACGAGCCAGUGAAUUUCAAGUGUUUGCUCAAAGGGAUGAAACCCAGUGAAGGAGUGUAUGACAUCUGCUUUUAAAGAUCAUUUUCACACUUUCAUUCACUCCAUUAACUUCUACAUUUACCACUACAUUUUAGUUAAACUGCUAUUUUAAUCUCUAGUCAACAUUACAGGAAUAGAUAAUUAGCUGUUGUAUGAGGCAAAACUUCUGUAGUGUUUGGCAAGAGAUGUGGUUAAAUCUCGGGGAUGCUUUGCGCUCUGGUUACUGGCAGCAGUUGGUCAGUAGAUGUGCACUUAGCCCUAAACAUCUAUUAACAGUCCAGUGUUGCAAUUCAACUGGAAGGUUAAUUCCAUGAAUGUAGGGAAUGGCACUAUCCAAGGGCUGUAAAUAUUAAUGUGUAUUAUAUUUAUUACAUUCGAGGUGUGUACAUGCAGUUUGAAAGUUCAUUCUCUAAGUCAGGUUUCUGAAGGCAGAAAUGGAAAGAGACGACAUUAUAGAGAACCAAGUUGGGAGUUAUAUAUAAAGAAGCAAGUGUAGAUGUAGUGUAUGCACUUAUUUAAUGGGAUUUAACGCAAGGAAGAUUAAUUUAACAUUGGUAACUAAUCCAUAUGUAAUCUUGUUGGGUAUAAAUAAUAACACCCUUUCCUAUUACAUUUUACCAACAUACCAUAGUACUUUUACUCCAUGUCUUGUGCCAGUUCCCUAUAACCACUAAUGGGAAUGCAGUUUGGCAGAUUACUCUAGAUCAGGGGACCCCAACCUUUCUUACUCCUGAGCCACAGUCAGAUGUAAAAAGACUUGGAGAGCAACACAAGCACCAUAAAAGUUCAUGGAGGAGCCAAAUAAGGGCUGUGAUUGGCUAUUAGGCAGCCUCUAUGCAAACUAUCAGCUUACAGGGGCUUUAUUUGGUAGUAAAUCUUGUUUUUAUUCAACCAAAACUUUCCCCCAAGUCAGGAAUUCAAAAAUAACUCCCUGGUUUGGGGGCACUGAGAGCAACAUCCAAGGGGUUGGGGAGCAACAUGUUACUCACAAUCCACUGGUUGGGGAUCACUGCUCUAUAGGACAGCUUUCAGUGUUAUACUAGGAUAGCUCUGGCUACAUGUGUAUGUUAAACAAGAAUAAAGUAGUAGAGUAAAGUUUUCAUGCAACACAUUUUGUGUUUAGAAUAAGUUUGAAUGCAUUGUGGGCUUGAGUUGCCAUACAAUAACCCUCUGACAUCUGUGUGUGUUUGUCAUAUAUGUACGUAGGUAAAUGUACAUUGAUAUUUGUAAAUGUUCUUAAUCCUAUGCGUGCAGACACAACACAAAGAGUUUAUUUAACGGAAUAUUGCUAAUUCUGCCAAAUAGGUGAUCAUAUUAUGUAAAACUUAAUUAUUUGCAUCUCAAAAGAUUUAUUUUUUCUGUGAUUUUAUAUAAAAUAAAGGUCCUUAAUACAAUCGCUAACCUUA